AUGGCGGCGCUGAAGGAGGAGCAGUGCUACGGACUGUCCUGUGGAAGAGUGAGCAACGGCAGCAAUGUCUCCGUCUUCCACGUUAAACUCACUGACAGCGCGCUGAGGGCCUUCGAGGGCUACCAGAGCAGCAAGGUGCUGUCAUCGCGACCAUUGAUCAGAUUUAAUGGAAAUCAAGGGAAAAUUUCAAUACCACGGUCAGAAAAUACCAGUGAACUGCAUAAGUUUACUUUCUACCUGUCGAAUGUGGGCAGAGAUAACCCCCAGGGAAGCUUUGACUGCAUCCAGCAAUACAUCACCAGUGAAGGGAGCAUUCAGCUGGAUUGUUUGGGAUGCAUCCAGGACAAGAUAACAGUGUGUGCCACAGACGACUCCUACCAGAAGGCCAGGGAGAACAUGGCUCAGGUUGAGGAGGAGACUCGCAGUAGGAGUGCCAUCGUCAUCAAGCCUGGGGGGCGAUACGUAGGCAAAAAGGUUCAGAUACGGAAACCGGCACCUGGCCUCUCAGACGUUGCCCCAUCGCGGAGAACAUCUCGGCCCGUCAUCAUCUCCAGCAGUGCUCUGAAGAAAGGGGCGAUUCAGAACCGGCCACUCCGAGAGCGUCUCAUACACCUGCUGGGCCUCAAGCCUUACAAGAAGCCUGAGCUGAUCCUGAGGUUGCAAAAAGAUGGCCUCUCACUUAUGGACAAAGACUCCCUAGACAGCUUCCUGCAACAGGUGGCCAACCUGAAUGGGAAAGACAGCACCUUCACAUUGAAGGACUUUUUGUUUAAGGAAAUUCAGAAGGACUGGGCGGGCUACACGGAAGAAGAUCAGCAGAUACUCAAGAGAAUCUUGUUUAGGAAACAGAACAGCUCUGCCCCUCCACCAGAGAGCCCGCCCAAAGAGCCGGCCAGCAGCUCGCCCUCCCAGAAACGGCCCGCUGCUGACUUCACCGACCCUCUGGCCAACAAAAAGCCCAGGAUAUCCCACCUCGCUAGCAAAGCUACGACAGCCCCUGUUAAUGGCAAGAUCAGCUCCUCCAAUGGGAGAGGAGACGCUGGAGGAGCGCAGGCUGAGGUGGUUUCCACGGCAGAAGGUGGCGUGACAUCCAGCUCCCAGCAGCUCCCUGUGCUGGACAUCCCUCGUCCCUUCGAAGCGCUGUCGGACGUCAGCAAUGACUCCAGCCAUAAUGGGAGAGAAUGUGACUCUCAAGAAACGGUGGUAUCAGAAUGGCCUCCGUUGGUCAUUGCUGCUACCAUGUCAACGGCGCUCACUGUGCCCAGCUUCAGCACAUCAUCUCCCGGACACUCAGUCCUGGAUGGAAUUCGGGACAAGAGCCUCUCAUCUUCCAACAGCAAAUCCAAGAAGAAGUCGAAAAAGCAUAAAGAGAAGGAGAAGAGCAAAGACAGGGUGAGGGACAAGGAGCAAGAGAAGGAGAGGAAGAGUCGUGAGCAACGUGGGCCUGAGCCUAAUAGAGCCUGUGAGAUGAGCCCAGGAAACCUCAAAAGCAACAGUAUUCCACAGAAAAGCACAGGUCCGAACGGGAUGUGCAACAGUACCAGUAUUCCUUCAUCAUCACCUGUGGUCGCAGACUACUUAUUAAAGUACACAGUUAUUGCCUCUCCAGAGCAGCGUCAGAGGUAUAAAAACGAUUUCAACACCGAGUACAGUGAGUACCGGAGCCUGCAUGCUCGGAUAGAGGGCAUCACCCGGCAGUUCACGGUGCUCGACAACGAGCUCAAGCAACUGCAGCAAGGCACAGACAAGUACAAGACAAUCCACAAUCAGAUACUUCAAGAAUAUCAUAAAAUAAAAAAGACUAAUCCAAACUAUAGCCAAGACAAGAACCGCUGUGAAUAUCUACACAACAAACUGGCACAUAUAAAGAGACAUAUUGCAGAGUACGAUCAACAGCAACUUUAAAAGUAGUUAUUAGACAUUGUUUCCCUGUUAUCUCUGGAAACCAAGCAGAUACAGGAAAACUUUGGAUUCCGCUUGUGCAAAAAAAAUGUAUUAUGAAAGAUGCCAUGAAGGGAGUAUUUCCCUCAUCAGGGCCAAAGGCUCUAGAGAGGACUUAGCAGGACAUGUGAUCUAUUUUUCUCUCUUUCCUUUGAUUUGUUUUUCUCCCUCCUUUUUGAAAACGGGCUGCGUCUGGUGUGGCCAGGUCCAUCUGUGUAGUUACAAUGAGUUCAGAAAGAAGGACAAGUUGUCUGGCUGAGUUUGAUCUCAACAGCCCAGCCUGCUAACUGUGCACAGAGGUCUGAACGAGUCAAAAACAUGGACAGUUUCUUGGGGGAAAUAUUUGUUCCUUCUUUUGAAACUGGAGUGAGGGAAGGGCGACACUGAGAUGAAUACUGCUGAUUGUACGCCAAAAGCAACUAAUUUUCGUUUUCGUGUAAAGAAAGAUUUAAGUUAAUGAUGCUUCAGUUUACCCCUUAUUCUGAAACAAAUGUUGUGAUGUUCCCUUUAUUUUUCUGACCUUUUUUUAUUUAUUUUGGACACUUGACUGCUGGGGAAUGAAUCUGUUCUACACUCCUCAAUACCAGUACUAACUUAAAAUCCCUCUUAUUUUUCUUCUUUUUUUUUUUGUCCUCACAUUUUGAAUGUCAGACUUUUUUCUUUCUUUUUUUUAUUCAGAAGCUGCCUUGCCCACCUUAUUGUCAACCUGUUGGCAUUCAUCAUUCUUUCCUCUUUUAAAGAGACGCAGAUAUUACUUCUUGAUUAAAUCAAAACGAUGCCUCCAAAUGCACACGGGUCAGUGGCAGGUUUGUGCGCUUGGCUCUUCUUUUCUAAAAUCAUGUGCAGAUGUCUUAACAAUGGGGACGUGUGAAAGUUUUCCAGUCAGACCGAAGCUGUAGAUUUUCCGCGGACACAGUCUCCUCACUCAUGACGGGAUGCUCGUUCACAGCAGUGGUCCUUUAUUAUGUUCUCACCAUAUUCUAAGAUCUAAAGUUGGUGUCUUUCCAGUAUCGUUUGUGAUGGCUUUUUGUAGCAGUAGAUUUACAGUUGUCUGAAGAGUUCGUGGCCAGCUCUACUCUUCAUCACGCUAUAGAAGAAUCCUGUAAUUGUAAGAUGAUGCGGAUGGGGGAUUCAGAUCUGCAGGCUCUUUCUUUCAUCUUCAUGGUGUUCAAAAUGUUUUUAUUUGAUCCUCAGAUCUGAAAUCUCUUUAGUUACUAUUAUUGGCAAUUUAAGUUAUUUUAUAACAAUAGUGUUUGCAUUGUCCUAUUGGAUCAGGUUUUUUUGGGUCUACUCAUCAAAAUAUAAUGUAGUCCAUUCACGACGACUGUUAAGAUGAAGCCAUCCUUGAUCAUCUUCUGAGCGGCCCUCCUGCUCAGAGAAGCAACGCUCACGUGCGACCACUUUUUGCCUUUUCUAAUGUGAUGUCAAAUCAGUGGAGGACGAAGCGAUAAUCUAAUCUCCUGGAUCAGCUCUCCUCUCAGAGAAGUGUUGCGUCGAGACGGAGCCGAAGACAAAUGAAGAAAUACUGCAUCAGAAGUUGAGUUCAGUCAACUGCUGCAUUUCUUAUAUCAAUCUUUUUAUUGUGAACAUGAAAAAUCUGCACUUUUUUCGCCUGAUCUCGCUGUUACCUGGGUGUGGGGGGGUAGUCCAAAAUGACACUUUUCUCUUUGUCCAUCGGAGUGCAUGCUUUAUGAAUGUGUUACAAUGAACAAUCUUUGUGUCUUUACUUGGCGGGGGGGUUAGAACUCAAUCAAAGGCGAGUCCAACUGAGUUGAUGUAAUCAUGAGACAUGAAUCUGACCAGCAUGUAUACCAAAGUGUUUACUGAGUCUGAUCCAACGUGGCGCUCUACCACAUGUUGGCUAAAGAACAUGUCGCAGUAUUCUCUGGUUACUGUUCUCAUUUCUUUUGUCCAUAUCAUCCCGUGGAAAGUUUCUGAAUGUUUUUCUUGUGGGAAGUCCGGGGAGGCUCCUUGUACUUCAGAUAAGGUUUGCAUGACUGGGCUCAAGUGUUUUUAACGUCAAGGUUCAGAUUAUAUUUAUUUCUGAUUUCAAACGAUGUAUUAAAGCCAGUGCUCACUUUGACAACGCUGCCAUGGUCAAGACUGAAUCUGAGAACUGACGACGUCUGAGCAGGAGGAGACGUCAGUAUUUUUGUCACUAGGAUCAACACUAGCCCAGUACUGCAACCCCUUAACAAGAAAGACACUUCUCAUUGAAUCUUACUGUACCUUGUUUUUUAGAAACACUCUGACAUGAUUACUGUAUUACGCCUCCUUUACAGUCAAAAUCCAUUGUGAAUGAGUUCAUCUUUUGCUCCGAUGGAGACCUAACUGUUGUGAAAGUAACGAAAUGCCAGCACAGGAGUACCCGCUGUUUGAGUUGUGCCAAAAUCACCUGUUGUAUAGGGGUUUUUUUCCCCCAUUUCUCUGAGUAUAUACAUGCUGCUGUAUAAGCAAAGAGGGAGAAGAGCCGUGAACUGUUGGCGCUAAAACCCAAAGCACGCUUUUUGAAAACCAUAAGGGACUGGGACUGAAAUUGAUCUUUGUUUCAAUAAAAUUCUUUAAAAUCCUUA